AAGAAGAAGAAGAAGAAGAAGAAGAAGAAGAAGAAGAAGAAGAAGAAGAAGAAGAAGAAGAAGAAGAAGAGUGUUUGUUGCCGUGCCACAUAGUCACACAACACAGAGGAUUAGCUGAUAGCAGAAUAACCGGGCCUGUGACCAUGGCUAAAGACCCGCUAGCAGAGGCAGGCUUCUAUUUCGAUGAUCUCAACAAGCUCAGGGUUCUCGAGCCUGAUGUCAGCCAGAAGACGUCGGAGCUUAAGGAGGAGUGUAAAGACUUUGUGGACAAAAUUGGACAGUUUCAGAAAAUAGUUGGAGGUCUCAUUGAACUGGUUGAUGAGCUGGAAAAAGAGGUGGAGACAGAAAAGAUGAAGGCGAUAGGAGCCAGAAACCUGUUGAAGUCGGUGGCAAAACAGAGGGAGGCUCAGCAGCAGCAGCUUCAGGCUCUCAUUGCAGAGAAGAAGAUGCAACUUGAGAGAUAUCGUGUCGAGUAUGAAGCGUUGUCCAAGGUGGAGUCGGAGCAGAACGAGUUCAUCGACCAGUUUAUUCUGCAGAAGUGAGGAACUUAGACAGCAGAAGAUGUGUGUUUCCAGAGUGCCUGUCCUUUUUUCUCCGGGUGAUACCCAUCUCGGAGCCCCCGCCCCUUUUCUUCUGAAGAAACCACAAAGCUCCACCCCUAGCUGAAAAGUCACUUUGUGUCCAAAGAGGCCGAAUGGGCAAAUAUUGCACGAGUUUUGGAGAGUGUGGAACUUUCCCAAUUGUUUUGGUGCAUCUAUUGGAAAACACAAUUAGAGCCGUUCAACAUACAUAGUGAAUCCUUCAAAUACAGAGGUCCAUCGCGCCAAUGCUCCAGCCGCCCCGUGACAGCAAGUUACAAAAAAUGGGAGGUCUGAACCAAGCGAAACGACACCAUUCGCCACGGGAAGUGACGUCGCCGUGUGCACGGACCGAUGCAACGAGCAUAUAUCCGGCUUAAUGCAACACUCGGCUGCUCACUGUAACUCCCCCCCUGCAGCUGUGAGGAUUUACAGUGUUUUGAGCUUGAAUGCACCUGCAACAUGAUGCGAAGGUUCACACCAAAUAUCUGUCUCAGACCAACAUGACAGAUGCAGCCAUUUAUAUAAAGGAAUAUUAGUUAUGAUAUUUAUACUGAAGAAUUACUUUGAAUAUCUAGUUUUCUUACCUUUUCUAUCAAUCUAAAUACUGCAUGUGCAUGCAUCUGUAAAUACAUUUUUGUUUGUAAUGAUAAAAAAAAUAAAUGGCCUCAUUUGAUCGUCUGUGUUGCUCUGGUUAAACCAGUUUGUGGGCACAAAACAUGGCGAGUACAGCUUCUUUGUCAGACAGUUUUCUCUCUCUGCCCAUGUGUAUGAUUGUCUUUCAUUCACUACAUGACUUGUGGAUAUACUUGAAUAAAUAUUGUCGAUUGUCAAAAGUUUUUUGCAGUAAAUCUGUCUGACAGGAGCAAAUUGUUACAUUGUGCUACAAUGUAUAAUUUCAAUAAAAAUGACUUGAUAUCCAUA